AUGGAUUCUCUCGGCAAGGCGUUCAAAACCGGGCUGGCCAAGGCCUAUGCCGCUGGCCAGCAACAAGUUCAGCAGAGGGUGUCGAAGCUCCAGGACCAAUCCAGUGGCUCUAAACCACCACAGGGCUACGGCUACGGCGGCGGACAAUAUGGUGCCGGAUACUACAACGCCGCCCCACAGCAGACGCACCAUGCAGCGUAUCCGAACCCCGCGGCAACAUCCUACUCUGCACCACAGAAUGCCGCGACGACCCAUUCGUCGCAACAUGCAGCGAACGCGCCCAUUGGACAGCUGUCCAAUGUCAUGGACAGGCUCAAUGUCAGCUCUAGCGCUCCGCGACCGCAGCCAUUGCCACCAUCAAUGCCCGUAGCACGAUCUUCCAAGAAGACAUUGCAGCCGAUCAAAGACAAGGGCGAACCGAACGAUGUUGUCCGGUACUGCUCCGAAAACAGGGUUGUGGAUUACGCCCUAGACUGGUACCACCUAGAAGGCGUGCCGUCCUACCUCAUCUGCACCCGUUGUCAUGCGGAGAACAUCAAGAGCACUUCCCUAGAGUCAAGCUUCAUUCGCAUAAAGCGGCCUGAUGGCUCACUGUCUACUUGCGGCUUUUACUUUCCGCGGGUCAAGGACGGGCUGUGGCCCUUGUCUCUCCGUUCCAACAACACAGAUUCACUCAGUGCUUUCAUGCUGAAGCGCCUCGAUAUCCCUGCCUGCAAAGGCGCCAGUGUUGUCACAGCUACCGACGGCUUAAAGUGGUUUGGCAUGGCGGCCAACGACAUCGACGGUUUCAUUGCCUGCGAAGCCUGCUACGAAGACUCAGUUGUUGGGACACCAUUCGAGCCGCGAUUCACGCCGUAUCAACAGCAGGGUCCUGAUGACAAAUGGACUUGCGACAUGCAAAUUCCAUACAUCAUGCGCGCUGCCGCAGACUUCUCCAAGCGCAAUGACUGGCAAGGCUUCGUAACUGCUGCUACUAAGCGCUGUCAGGUUCCCGCCUGUGAAGGCAAAGACGUCGAAUUGAACUCGCUCACCUGGUAUUUGCCACGACGGAACAUUGAUAACUUCCACGUUUGCGAGACAUGCUACCUGGACAAGCUCGCCUACACAGAGUUUCAGCACGAGUUUGAGGCUCACCCGCCGAAAGCUGGCUUUGACGCUUGGAUGGACAUGCUUGGGAAGAGGAGAAUCUGUGAUCUGUCGACCGGAAAACUGCCAAUGGCGUUUGCCCUCGAGGCCGCGCUUUUCACCAACGACUUUGACGGUUUCGCCCAACGUGCAAGCAAAAUUUCCAGCCUGGUACCGUGUACGGCGAAUGGCAUCAUCCGAGGCAACUGGUGGACGGUAUCGGGUGGGUGUCCAGACUUCAGUAUCUGCGAAUCCUGCCACACAGGCAUCAUUCAGGCCAACAAGAUGGAGACCUUCUUUGAACCAGCCUCUCGGGACGCCGAGGCAACAAUAGUCUGCAGCUUCUGUGUCGCCAGCCCUCGUUUCAAACAGUACAUGACCAACUUUAUCCAAUCAUUUGAUACGGGGAUAUUCUACCCCUUCACAGACUUCGUCAUCAAAUUUGCGGGAGUCCAGGCCUGCGCUGGUAUCAAGAGCCGCGAGAAGACGAAGUGGUGGGGCUACCCCGAGGCUCUCUUCUGCGAGAACUGCUAUCUUAGCUUUGUCGCCAAUACGCCUCUUGGCAGUGAACUUACCUUUAAUGGAGAGUACGACGAGCGCUUCCAGAUCUGUCAGGUCUGGUCGCCUCGAAUGCGAGGCAUGUGGCUGAAGGCAUGUGAAGCUGGGAAGUCUGGCUCCGAGGAGUCCAAUGCAGCCUUGAACGAGUUCAAAGAGUUCGCAUCUCGGAGACUGCAAGUCUGGAUCAAGACUGUACCCAGGAUUGAGUUCAUACAGCAGAUGAAGCAGAUGAGGAUGAUGAACGCCAUGCACCAAGGCCAGCUGAGCCUCAUGUACUCGGGCAUGAACAGCAUGGCGGUAUUGAGCGAUACGACAGACGGCAACUUGCAUGGCAAUAGCUCCAUUGGGUGGUACGAAACGGAGCAUGGAGCCACGGGGGCGCAGCUUUUCAACAGCAUGCAAUCAGGAAUGGCCAAUGCCAACCGUGGAGAUGAAUGGGCGGAAGUCAUGCAGCUGUCACAGAUGUGGACUGAGGUUGAAUGA